AUGCUCGAGAAGGUCGUGCCGAUCCCAUUCUUGGGCAAAGAGGUGUCCGGCUGGCUCUACCGCACCACGCGGUGGACGCGCGAGCACCCGUACACGGCGACUGCCAUCCUAGCCGCCUGCAUCGGGGGCUCUAUACUCUACGAAGCGCAGGUGACGCACAAGAAUCGCAUGCCGUCCCCCAACGUCAACAAUCACCUCGAGUAUCAACUAAAGGAGGCGUCGCUGUGGGAGCAGUGGUUCCGCCGUGCCAGAGCCCCACAGCAGGACAUGAAGGCCGAGGAAGUGGCGGCGCUCGAGAAUGCCGGUGACAUGCUUACGCCAGAGGAAAUAACGCGGCAGCAACGAAUGUCGCAGCGCACCAUCGCCGAUUCCGAGCGGCUUCUCGCGACCACCACCGACGCUGCAGAGCGCCAGUCUUUGGAGAUGGUCAUUGAGCGCGAGAAGGAGCUGAUGAAGGGCGUCAACAACACCACAAUGGUGGUGCGCAGCGGCCAACUGGAAGUGCGUGCCCCACACUGGGAGAUCCGCAAUAACGAGCGCAACUGGAGCAUCCUGUCGCGUGAUCAGCAGCAGCAGAAGGACCACUACUGGUACCGCCUCGAGCGCAGCCGCGAGGAUGACUUUGCGCGCAACACCUACUCCACGCCGUAA